AUGGGGUUCUGCUGGGACUGGAGCAGGGAGUGUGGGCCUCACGGCAGAGGCUGGGUGGGCCCCACAGUGCUGCUCUGUAUCUAUGGCUUCUGCUCAAUGAUGAGGCCCUCUGAGCCUUUCCUCACGGACUACCUCACCGGGCCAUACAAGAACCUCACCACCAAGCAGGUUACAAGGCAAGUGUUCCCAGUAUGUGCGUAUUCCAACCUCUUCCUACUCAUCCCAGUCUUCUUGGUGACAGAUAUCCUGAGGUACAAGCCUGUCAUCGUCCUCCAGGCACUCAACUAUAUUUUGGCAUUUCUGCUGUUCAUCUUCAGCUCUGGUGUGGUGUUGACUCAGUGCGCCCUCUUCAUUUACAGUAUGGGCACCGCAGCAGACGUGGCUUACUAUUCCUAUAUCUACAGUGUUGUCCACCCCCAGUAUUACCAGAGAGUGACUAGCUAUGCCAGAGGGGCUGUGCUACUGGGCUACACAGCGGGAGCCAUGUUGGGUCAACUCUUGGUGUCCCUGGGAGGGGUUUCCAUCUACUGGCUCAAUAUCAUUACCCUGGGAUCCCUCUGUGUGGCUCUGUUGGCUGCCCUCCUCCUGCCCAUGCCCCAGAGAAGCCUGGUCCUGGGGGGGACUCAGAAUGAUAACGGCCCAUUCGAGGAGGUUGUGUCCAGUUCAUGUGUAUCCUGGGUUGUGUGGUGGCUGAGGAAGGGGAGGAGGACCGGGAGGGGGAAAAUGAGAGCUCUGAAGAGGUUAGCGGUGGAUUGUAAAGAGUGUUACUCCUCUGUGGCCGUGCUGUUCUUCUGUGUGUGGUCAGCCAUGGGGAAUUGCGGCUACCACCAGAUCACAGGCUAUGUGCAGCUCCUCUGGGCAUCCAAACAGCCCCAAUACAACUUCACAGAAUACAAUGGAGGGGUGGAGGCUGUCGCCACACUCUCAGGGGCGGCAGCCUCCAUAGCUGUGGGUCAUGUGUCUCUGGACUGGUCAGUGUGGGGAGAGCUGGUCCUGGGUGUGUUUACUGCUCUGACUGCUGGAGUUCUUUACCUGAUGGACCUGACCAACAGCAUCUGGAUAUGCUACGGCUGCUACGGACUCUUCAAAACCAUCUACAUGGCGCUCAUCACCAUCUGCACGUAA